UAGUGUCGACAACCAAACCGGAUCAAACAUCUAGUUACAUAUCUAUUAAACAAAGAAUUUUGACAACGUUCUUUAAUGUGGACUUGGGGCUUUAGAAAUUUACAUUUGCAACAAUUAUUUGAAUGCUGUUACUAUUUUGAUAGAAAACAUAGUGGUGCAAAUCAGUGCAAAUCUUAAGUGUAUAAAUUCUGAAUUUCAAUUUGAACUAUGAAGUACAGCAGGAAAAGUCACGUGACCUACAUCGCAAUAAACAACUUCCAGAAUAAUGUUUUGAACUGAAGUAUCCAAAUCGCGACAGUUUUUCAAUACAAUAAUGCAGCUCUGCUCAGGAUUAUUCGGAAAUAUUUUUAAGAGUUCAUCAUUUGAGAUUUCUAAAAAAUUAUUCAGCUUGUACUGCGCUAAAUACGUCAGAUUAGCAGAAGUAGGAAAAUUAGAAACUCCAAAGCUUCAAGGAAAGUAUGAAACUGGACAAUUAAUCCUUCAUAGAGUAUUUGGAUAUCGAGGUGUUAUUUUAUUUCCAUGGCUGGCAAGAGUAUAUGACCGAGACUUGCCAAAUAAGAAAGAAGGUGCCGAGAAUGGGAAUUUUAAUAGUGUAGGCAAAGAAGUCAAGGGUAGAACUCACACAUUUUAUCAAGUUCUUAUUGAUCAACGAGACUGUCCUUAUAUUAGAGCUCAAACGGAGGCUGUGACAUUUUUAGGAAAUCAUGAAAGCAGUCGCAGCUUGUAUGCUAUACCUGGACUUGAUUAUGUUGCACAUGAGGACAUUUUACCUUAUUCAACAAAUGAGAAAACGGCACUGCAGCAUGAGCUUUUUGAUAAAUUUCUGGUCUACGAUCCAGGAAGAGAGCCACCGUUUGUAGCUCAAGAAACACUAAGAGCUUGGCAAAAAAAGAAUCAUCCUUGGUUAGAACUGUCAGAUGUUCAUAAAGAAACAACAGAAAAUAUAAGAGUCACGGUUAUUCCUUUUUAUAUGGGAUGUAGAGAAAGCCAAACAACAUCCGUUUAUUGGUGGCGUUAUUGCAUACGUUUAGAAAAUUUAGGUGAUAUGAGCGUGCAGUUACGAGAAAGGCAUUGGAGAAUAUUCAGUUUGUCUGGUACUUUAGAAACUGUGCGAGGACGAGGAGUUGUAGGACAGGAACCUGUUUUAUCCAAAAGUUUACCAGCCUUUCAAUACAGCAGUCAUGUCAGCUUACAAGCUCCUAGUGGUCACAUGUGGGGUACAUUCAGAAUGGAAAGAGAAGACGGCUAUGCUUUCGACUGUAGAAUACCACCUUUCUCGCUAGAGUCUAAAGCUGAAGAGCCGAUAGCACCGAACAUAAAUUCAUAAAAUGAAAGAAACAUGUUCAUGACAUACGUCCACGCGGGUCAAUACUAAUUACAAGAUUCACAUGAAAAUUGUUUGCAAUGCGGAAAAACUGAAAUCCAUUCAAUAUAUCACAGAUCAUCAGCGACGAGAGACUACUUUUGAAAAUAAAUUGCAUGUUUUCUCAAUAAAAUCGCAAAAUAUGUA